UUGCGUUUAUCUUUUUUAAUCAAUUAUUUCCCCCCAGUUCUUUAUCCUCAUCAUCCUAAACAUUACAUAAUGUGGUAAACAUGGAGUUUGUUAAAGAAGAAAGUGAAGAAAUAAGGAUUCCAGACCCAUGGAGAGUCAAAGAUGAAGAUACGGAGAAGAAAAUAGACCUGAUGCCGCCGAAAGAGGAAAGCCAAGAAGACCAUGAUUUCACACGAGGAGAAAAAUCCUUUAGUCGCUCAGAGACAGAAAAGAAUUGCUUGGAAGAAAGAACUCCGAAAACAAGAUCUAAGAGUUCUUUCUCUUGCCAUCAAUGUGGAAAGAGUUUCUCGUGGGAAAGACACUUUCAUAGCCACAACAGAAUCCAUACAGGAGAGAUCUCACUUACCUGCCAGCAGUGCGGGAAAAGUUUCCAGAGAGAAGGACACCUUCGUAUCCACAUGAGAACUCACACCGGAGAGCGACCGUUCAUCUGCCCUCAGUGUGGGAAGAGUUUCUCACACAGAGGAAAUCUGAGGUGUCACAUACGCCUUCACACGGGAGAGACGCCUUACACCUGUCUUCAGUGUGGAAAGAGUUUCGCUCAACAGAGACAGCUGAAAUGGCAUUUGCAACUUUAUUGUGGAGAUGUCCUGCAGUGUUCGGAGUGUGGCAAGACGUUUGCAGACAAGAUCAACUUCUUCAACCAUCUGCGCAUUCACCCUGGGGGACGCCUGUUUAACUGCGAUCACUGUAGUAAAAAGUUUAUUUUGCAGUCUCACUUAGAGAUGCACAUGAAAAGCCACGCUGACGAGAGAACUUAUGAGUGUUCUUUGUGUGGAAAGGAUUUUAAAUGGCUCAGCAAUGUGAAGUCACACCAGAAAAUGCAUGCUGGUGUAAAUGCCUGUGUCAGAGCGAGCCGCUUGAAACAGCAGCAACAGAUCCAUACAGACGAGGAUUCAAAGAGCGCAGAGACUUCCUCACAAACACAAGAACUGUACAGCUGCACUUCAUGUGGGAUGAAUUUCAACACUUCGAUGUUUCUGUUGGCUCAUAAAAAAAGGAACUGUCAGAAGAAGCCAAAAUAAAUGUAAAUGGUGUAAAAAAAAAAUAAUAAUAUAUUGUCUCCAAAUAAACAGUAAUUUGAUGCAAA